AGCUUCUGAUAAUAUAGUAUGGCAAAAACACACAAACAAAUAUGUAGGUACAGCUAGGAGGAAGGGAACCUCUGGCAGUACUCUGAUGGAUAAAAAGAUAUGCAGACCCCUUUCCUCAGCUGCCACUAACACGCUUGGUCCUCCCGAGGAAGCAAAGGCUACAUUGGGGUGAGGCCCUCACUUUAUCCUGUGACUGGCACCAUAUCUGGCAGCAUCAGCCCCACACUUGCCCGCACCAUGGCCUCCAUCUCAGUGCUCGCCUGCAUCGACUUAGCCCUCAUUCUGCACAGUGAUGAGGUGACCAUCACAGAGGAUAAGAUCAAAGCCCUCAUUAAAGCAGCCAGUGUAAAUGUUGAACCUUUCUGGCCUGGCUUGUUUGCAAAGGCCCUGGCACACAUCAACAUUGGGAGCCUCAUCUGCAAUGUGGGGGCUGGUGGACCUGCUCCAGCAGCUGGUGCUGCAUCCACAGGAGGUCCUGCCCCCUCCACUGCUGCUGCUCCAGCUGCGGAGAAGAAAGGGGAAGCAAAGAAAGAAGAAUCCGAGGAGUCUGAUGAUAACAUGGGCUUUAGUCUUUUUGACUAA